AUGGCUUCUUCUUCAACAUCAUCCGUUCACAAGAGCUUUAAGUAUGAAGUGUUUUUGAGUUUCAGAGGAGAAGACACCCGCAAGAACUUCGUUGAUCAUCUCUAUGAUGCUCUUCAGCGAAAGAGCAUUCUUACUUACAAGGAUGACCUAGAAAUCAAGAAAGGGGAAAGGAUCAGUGAUGAGCUACUUGGAUCCAUUGAAAACUCAAAAUUCUACAUCAUUGUUUUCUCCAAGGAUUAUGCAUCUUCCUCUUGGUGCUUGGAUGAGCUUGUAAAGAUAAUGGAGUGUCGCAAGAUGACAGAGCAUACUGCUUACCCAAUCUUCUAUGAUGUGGAACCCACCGAAGUCCGCAAGCAAAUCGGGGCAGUUGGAAAAGCCUUUGCCAAACAUGAAAAGGAAGUGGCUGCCGGAAAAUGGAGAAAUGCACUGAAAGAAGCAGCGGAUCUGGCUGGCUGGGAGUUGAAGAAAACUGCAGAUGGGCAUGAAUCCCAGUUUAUCCAAAAAAUCGUUGAAGAGGUUUCAUUAGAGUUACGUUCCAUAAAUUUCAGCAUUGAUGAAAAGUUAGUGGGGAUGGAGACUCGGGUAAAUGAUGUUAUAUCAUUUUUGGAAACCGGUAUUGAUGAUGUUCGCAUGAUUGGGAUCAAGGGAAUGGGAGGUGGUGGGAAGACAACUUUAGCCAGAGCUGUUUUUGACCAAAUAUCCUUUCAGUUUGAAGGUAAAAGCUUCGUUGAGAAUGUUAGGGAAGUUUCAAACGAUUCUUUAUCCGGUAUGAAGUCUUUGCAAAAUCAGCUUCUUUCAGAUGUUUUAAAUGAUAAAGGUAUAAGUGUAAGUAGUGUUUAUGAUGGAAAAAACAUGUUGAAGAGGAGGAUGUCUGGUAGAAAGGCUCUUCUUGUUCUAGAUGAUGUAGAUCAUAUAGACCAACUUGAGGCGUUAGCUGGUGAGCGUAACUGGUUUAAGCCGGGAAGUAGAAUUAUCAUUACAACAAGAUAUGAGCAAGUGUUGGUAGCACACUGCGUGAAGCUGAUUCAUAAUGUCAAUUUGUUAUCAGAUAAGGAAGCGAUUUGCCUCUUCAGUAGGUAUGCAUUUGGUAGAGAGAUUCCAAUUCAAGGGUAUGAAAAGCUAUCGGGAGAAGUUGUGCGCUAUGCUUCUGGUCUUCCUUUAACAAUCAAAGUUUUGGGUUCGUUUCUUUGUGGUAAAGAUGAGAGUGAAUGGAUAGAUGCCUUAGAAAGACUAAGAACAAUUCCAUUGCAUGAAACUCUGAAAAGAUUGGAAUUAAGCUAUAUUAGUCUAGAGGAGGAUUAUAAGGAAAUAUUCCUAAAUGUUGCAUGCUUACUCAAAGGUUGGGCGAAAGCCGAUGCAAUUGAAGCACUUGAAAGCUGUGGAUUGCAUGCUAGAAAUGGUCUAAGAGUUCUUGAGCAAAAGUCUCUCAUAACUAUUAAUAAUUAUGAGCGUGUGGACAUGCAUGACCAUAUUGAAGAAAUGGGUAGAGAUAUUGUUCGUCGUUCCCGCCCUGCUAACAAACAUAGUAGAUUGUGGAAGGAAGAUGAAAUUGAAGAUAUACUUAUUAAUGAUUUGGGUACCGAAGCAACAAUAUGUAUGAAAAUCUACAAGUCAAAACUCAAUCCAGAAAUUGUUAUGAAAGGUCUUAGAAAGAUGAAGGAUCUUACGUUUCUUGAGGUGUCUCUGGAAAAUUUUAACUCAAAUCAGGAAACUAAUAAACUCAUACCAAACCUUGUAAAUGCUUUAGGAUUUCUAUGUUGCAUUUGGAAAUUUAAUAAAGUCAACCUGUUCUUUCCGGAUACUUUACGAUAUCUGCAUUGGGACCAAUAUCCUUUUAGGACUUUACCCCAAACAUUUCAAGCAAAUAAUCUUGUUUCACUUAAGAUAGCUGGUAGUGAAAUCUUGCAACUUUGGGAAUGGGGAGAAAGAAAGGUUUGUAACAAGCUCAGGUUCCUUGACCUCAGUAAUUCACAGUUGAAGACCCUUGACCUUGGGUUAACACCAAAUCUCGAGACGUUGACUCUUGAAAGAUGUUGUGCUUUGAUAGAACUUUCAGAUAGCAUUUGUAUGUUGAAACAUCUUAAAUCUCUCAAACUUGAUGGAUGUUCGUUGCUUGAGAAGUUACCUGAGGAUCUUGGCCUGUUAGAAAGCUUAGUGAAGCUAAGUUUGUCAUAUACAGAGAUUAAACAUCUUCCAAAUAGCAUUUGUAUGUUGAAACAUCUGAAAUUUCUCAAACUUGAUAGAUGUUCGUUGCUUAAGAAGUUACCUGAGCAUCUUGGUCAAUUAGAAAGUCUAGAGAAGCUAAAUUUGUCAUAUACAGAGAUUACACAUCUUCCAGAUAGUAUUUGUAUGUUAAAACAUCUGAAAUAUCUUGAUCUUAACGAAUGUUCGCUGCUUGAGAAGUUACCUGAGGAUCUUGGCCUGUUAGAAAGUUUACAGUAUCUAGAAUUGUCGGGUACAAUGAUUAAACAUCUUCCAUGUAGCGUUUGUACAUUGAAACAUCUAAAAUACAUUGGGCUUCAUAGAUGUUCAUUGUUUGAGAAGUUACCAGAGGAUCUUGGUGGACUAGAAUGUUUAGAGAGGAUUAUUUUGAGAUCUACAAAGAUUAAACAUCUUCCAGAUAGCAUUUGCAUGUUGAAACAUCUGGAACUUCUCCCACUUAAUGAUUGUUUGUUGCUUGAAAAGUUACCUGAGGAUCUUGGCAGAUUAGAAUGUUUAGAGAUGCUAAAUUUAUCAUCUACAAAGAUUAAGCAUCUUCCAGAUAGCAUUUGUAUGUUGAAACAUCUGAAACAUCUUGUUCUUUAUCCUUGUCUAUUGCUUGAGAAGUUACCUGAGGAUCUUGGCCGGUUAGGAUGUUUAGAAUAUCUAAAUUUGUCAUCUACAAAGAUUAAACUUCUUCCAGAUAGCAUUUGUGUGUUGAAACAUCUGAAAUAUCUCAAACUUGAUAAAUGUUUGUUGCUUGAGAAGUUACCUGAGGAUCUUGGCCUAAUAGAAUGUUUAGAGAGUCUAGAUUUGUCAAAUACAAUGAUUAAACAUCUUCCGGAUAGCAUUUGUAUGUUGAAACAUAUGAAAACUCUCGAUCUUUAUCGUUGUUCAUUUCUUGAUAAGUUACCAGAGGAUCUUGGUCGGUUAGAAUGUUUAGAAUAUCUAAAUUUGUCAUCAACAAAGAUCAAACAUCUUCCAUGUAACAUUUGCAUGUUGAAAGGUCUGAAAUAUCUCAAACUUGAUAAAUGUUCGUUGUUUGAGAAGUUACCUGAGGAUCUGGGCAGGUUAGAAUGUAUAAAGAGUCUAGAUUUGUCAAAUACAAUGCUUAAACAUCUUCCUGAUAGCAUUUGUAUGUUGAAACAUUUGGAAUCUCUCAAACUUAUUGAUUGUUCUUUGCUUGAGACGUUACCCGAGGAUCUUGGACUUUUAGAAUGUCUAGAAGAGUUACAUAUAGAAGGUACUUGCAUAAGUCAUCUUCCACAGAGCAUUAUUUUGUUGAAAGGUCUGUGUAUUUAUGGGUCGAGAGGACUCCUUCAGUCGUUUGGUUUUACAUCCGACAUACAAAUAUCAGGAGAUGGAAUGGUGUGCUAUGUAAAGGUGUGAAUAACGUAGGCACCCACAAAAGCCAGUUCACAAAGAUCUACUGUAGCAGGAAAAACAUUAUGGUGGGACAAGGCUAAGAAUCCCAGGGUUUUAGAGAAAGUGAUGGAGGAGAUCAAGAGUUUUCCUUGUUCAAAUCAACGGUACUUGUUCAUGUAGUUCCUUAGGUUCCUCUAUAUAGUGAAGAAGACCUUCAUGUAUUGGUUUUGUUUUAUCUUUUACUUCAUCUUAGCAUAUUUUUAUUUUUAAUUUUUUUUUCAUAGCCCUUAAUGUAAGAAUAAUAACUAAUUUCCUUCAAUAGGCCGACAUUGAAGUUUCGUAAGGUUGAUUUGUAUUAGUUGUUUCAGCUACUUGUACACAACAUGCUAAUUAGAUUAUGUGCAUUGGCAGAACUCAAUAACUGAAUGUAAGAUGUUGAAUGCCACUAAUUACAUAUCUGUAUUGGCAGAACUUUUUCGCCAUUUUAGCAUCAUAUAGCAUUUCAAGGUAGUUUGAAUUUAUACAGAGUAUCAAAUCGAUACAAAUGGGGAUGCACAAAUGAUAAGGAAGGACAAACAUAGAUUGUUGCACGUGUACUCAAGGAAGGACAAAGGAGCAGAAAAUUGAAACACAAAGGUAGAAAGGGAAAGUGGCUAAAAGUCUGUUCAGAAGCUAAUAAAUAAUCCUUACGAAUAACUUGUAACAAUGACCCAAGGGGACUCAAUCCACGAUUACAUAGAUGACUAUGAAUAUUUGCAAUCUCUUGUACCCAAAUUAUCGUAGCAACAAGCAUUGGGGUACUUUGUUUUGUGGCUGGUGCACGAUGAGGUUAAACGGUGGUUGCACCUUCAUCGCCCUCAAUCGCGACUGGAUGCGAUGUAUUUGGCGAAGGAGGUGGAAGAGCUGCUCCGAACACCCUCAGGUAACAUACCUCAAUCACGCUUCCACCAUCAACAUCGAUAUGGACCGGGUUCGGAUUUCAGAUGGAUCGUCCUAUUGGUUUGGGCCGUUUAGAAAAUAAACCAACCUGAAGCCCAAAACCAAGUCAGAAAACCUUGGGCCGACAAGACGUUAAUCUGUUCAAUGCUGUAAAUUGUUUCACAAAUACGAUACAGGUGACAGCAGGACGGCGUCGUAAUCGCGACCGAGGGUUUCAAUCUCUGUCUCGAACGGAAUGGGAAGAUUUCGGAAGAAAGGGUUGUGUUUCCGUUGGCCACAAAUGUCCGGAGGGAAAUCUACGUGUUCUUUUACUAAGCGACGAUGAAUGUGAAGGGGAUUUAGACGGGAAUUUUCUUCUGGAAAGUACUCAAACUCCGAAGGAGGUUUCCGACGAGGCAACGACGAUGGGUUUGUGUACAACACUGGAGCUGUAGAUGAACCUGUGGGAGUGAAAACUUUGAAGUUUGAGGGGGUCAGUUAGAGAUAUUCUCGUGAUUAUGUUAUUCUGACUGUGGAGCAACACACAAUUUCGUUUCCCGCCAAUUGGUUCUCGCAUUGGGUUGUCAUUUUCAGCCUUUUCAGGUAUGAAAGAUUAAAUUAGGUGAUGGCCAUUUGGUUUGGGUAACAGAGCAGUGCCUUAAUCUGCAAAUUAGGGUUGGCAAUUGCGAUUUUAUGAUGGAAGCCCUAGUUUUUGAUACAUGAAAUAUGGAUCUAAUUUCGGGUAUGGCAUGGUUGUAAUGUUAUGAUGGAAGCCCUUGAUAGUGUAUACCAAUCAGAAACGUCUCAAAUUUAUGUUACAGCAGCGCAUCACCACUCUGGACCAAAUUGAAAGGGUUUGAUGCUAUUUUAGUCGUCGUGGAUAGAUUAUAAAAGUUUGGAAACAUAUGUAUGAUGUUUUGCGUUGGAUCAACCAAGGUUGUGGGCUAUUUAGAUUA